CGAAAGUGGUGAGCAUAGAAAUAAGUCCCAAUUUCUGUCUUUUACCUCAGACAUCAGUUGUUGGUUUUCUGGGUCUUUCAAAUCCAACGUGCUAUUUUAUUUUCUUCGUUUUUCUUUUCUUUUUUGGAUUAAAUAAAUAAGGAAGUUGAGCCUGUAUUAAAAUCAUAAUCAUUAUUAGUAUUAAUAUUAAUAUUAAACUCUUAUGGAGGAUUGUGAAUUCCUUUGAAUGUACGCGUUAAUUGACAAACCCCGCUUCUUCAUCCCUUUCCCCUCUCUCUGGCUCUCCAACUUUUUCUUUUUCUCAGGUUUUUCAAUUCAUACGUCCACUAUGAUUGAUCUUCAAGAUGAGAGCUUUCUUUAGUUAGUUGUUCAUUAUGGAUGCCCAAAAACUCAUUAUAUUGAUUCAGCACUUUUUCCGCCUCAUACCGGCAUGAACUUGUGAAUUCCGACCUUUAUCUUUUGGAGGACUUGUGCCAGGAUGAAAUCAAUGUUUAAGCAGGUCCUCUUACUGUUUUUAAUUUUCGCGGUCAUCGGUGUUUGUGUCAAGGCAGAGUCUAGUAAGGUUGAUAGUCAGAGGAUAAUAGUUGCGCCAUUAAAGGAAUUAAGAAAUGAUGUUACGGAAGGCACCGGUGCUAAAGAUGUUUUUAGUUCAGAGACCACUUCUACCAAUCCUAAUGACGGGAAAGGUGGAAGCAGCAGAGUUUCUGUCACAACCGUUGCAUUGUUUACGCUAGCAAUGGCCGCUGCCAGUGGUUUUGGGGCUAUUCCGUUCUUUUUUGUAGAGCUUGAUCCCCGCUGGGAGGGUUUAUGCAGUGGAAUGGCUGCUGGAGUCAUGUUAGCUGCAAGCUUUGACCUUAUACAGGAAGGCCAGGAGUAUGGUCAUGGAAAUUGGGUUGUCAUUGGGAUAUUGUCUGGUGGAAUUUUUAUUUCCCUCUGUAAGAAGGUGCUUGAUCAGUAUGGUGAGGUAAGCAUGCUGGACAUAAAAGGUGCUGAUGCAACAAAAGUUGUUCUUGUGAUCGGUAUUAUGACUCUGCAUGCUUUUGGGGAGGGUGCUGGUGUUGGCGUCUCGUUUGCUGGUUCUAGAGGGUUAUCUCAGGGUCUUUUAGUGACUUUAGCUAUUGCUGUUCACAAUAUACCUGAAGGAUUGGCUGUAAGUAUGAUGCUUGCCUCAAGGGGGGUUUCUCCUCAAAAUGCGAUGUUAUGGAGCGUGCUUACAUCCUUGCCCCAGCCCAUUGUGGCAGUGCCAGCAUUUAUGUGUGCUGAUGCAUUUAACAAAUUCUUACCUUUCUGUACGGGCUUUGCUGCUGGAUGUAUGAUCUGGAUGGUUAUUGCAGAAGUUCUUCCAGAUGCAUUCAAGGAAGCCUCAUCAUCUCAAGUGGCAUCAGCAGCUACACUCUCGGUGGCAUUUAUGGAAGCACUGGGCUAUGUCUUUCAAAAUUUCAGUAAUAAUUACAAAUCAGAAGAUGUUUCUGGGUUUGUCAUCUCAUUACUUUUUGGUCUGGGGCCACUACUUGGCGGUAUUGUCCUUGUUGCAUUUGCUGUUGCUUUUCAUCUCCAACAUGCACUGUUGACUGGUAUAGCUUGUGGGAUUGCCUUUAUCCUGGGAGCCUGGCGACCGUUGCAGCUACUUUUAUAUUCAAAAAUGGGGCUUCUUCCGCUUAUAUUGCUGCUAGCCUUGGGAGCUAUUGUUGUGCAUGUAUUAACAUCCAGCAUCUUGAACGCGGUUAGAAAAAAGAGAAACUCAGCAAAUUCCUUGUUUGCUGUUGGUGGCUGCUCAUUGAGUGCCCUGACAAUUCAAUCAUUUUUAUCAUGCACGGCAAUCGCGUUCCAUGCUUUAGCAGAAGGCCUAGCGCUGGGAGUCGCAGCACCAAAAGCUUACGGGCUUGGCCAGUAUAUAGUGCUGCCCGUGUCUUUACAUGGGCUAAUCCGUGGGGCUGCAGCGGCAAGCUGCAUAUAUGGGGCUACGGAUAGUUGGCAUGGGUCUAUUGCAGCAGCUACACUGAUUGGGGUGGUGGGUCCAGUGUCGGCAAUUGGAGCAAUAAUAACUGGAAUAGAUUACAAGGGGCUGGAUCACUUGAUGGUGAUUGCAUGUGGGGGUUUACUACCAAUUUUCGGAAGCAUAGUUGGCAGAGCUGUGAAGUUGGAUCGACAGAAGUGUAGUUUUGGUAUGAUAAUUGGAUUAGGUUUUGCUAGUGUAUGUCUCAUGUUCACUAAAUUGGUCUGCUUGAACACACCCUAUUGCAAUUCUGCGCCAGAAGCUGUAAGAUGAAGUCGAUCAUAUACAGGGUGCUUAUCGCUGCAGAUAGAUUAAUGAAAGAUUUGUUGAUAUACCAUGGUGAACAUGAAGGAAGACUUGUGCUAAAUCGAUUACUGAACAGAGAGGUAGUGUUACUAGUUUGGGUGUGGGGAGAAAUACACCAUCGGCUGUACAUCUGAUUCAUACACUUCAAUCAUUCAAUGAUAUUGCUUCACCUGUACAGCAUAAUUUACAAAGUUGUUUUUGCUUGUAGAAAUCCUUAUUUGCUACCUCACCUUAUGGUUGUUAUUAGUCUACUACGAGUACUGAGUAUCACGACUGCCAUCCCAAAACAUUUGAGCGAAUGCCUGCAAGAGAUACCCUGCGAUUAAAUCAGUCAAGUUAGUUGCUAUAGUAGUCAAUCACUCUGGUUUUUGUCUCUUGAUACUAAUUUGGUGCUUAACGAUGCUUUCACUCUGGUGGUAUUCAAAACCUUUUGUUAUGCAAAAAUACAUGCUGCUCUUCUAAUACUAAGUACAAAAUUCCACUUUAGUAACAAUAAA